AUGUCCUUCCAGCCGGCUUUUAAUGCAAGGCUGAUCGCGGAAGUGAAAAAACACCCCUGUCUUUAUAAUCACUCGAAACGAGGUAGUGGUGAUACGAUGGAACGAAUGCGAAUUUGGGAGAAUAUCGCCUCGGCCGUCGACACUAACUGCUCAGGAGAUUUCGCCAAGAAACGCUGGUUACAACUGCGAGAUCGGUACAGAAAGGAGUUGAAGACAGCCAUUAAGCAGAACUUUGUGACACCGGUUCGCUGGUGCUACUUUUCGCACCUAGUGCUGUCUACAUGUGACGGUUACAGUGAGAAUGGCGAUAGCUUCUCAAAUUGUGUAGACGCAUUGGGUCUGAGCUCUGUUAAAGCUGAACUAGACGACGAUGAUUCUUAUGAUCAAAACGUCAGUGGUUCUGGCGUAGAAGAACACGAAAAGAUCGGAAACGAAAAAUCUAACGACAUGCAAGCAACAGAAGAGAAAUGUGACCGGCAACAUCAAUACGCCACAACAGGAGGGCUUGUCGACACAGCUGGUAAAAGUGCAUUGGAUUGGAUAAACGACGAAGAUUUCCUCUACUGCAGAAUCAUCGGUCUUCGAUUAAAGAAACUGGAGCCGAGGAAGAAGAAACGGAUUCGUGCUCAAAUUAUGAGUUUACUGGAGGAAUCUGAAGGUGAACUUGAGGAAGAUGAUGACUCAAUGAGUAGUACGAAUGUGGAUGGAGGUGAUAUGUUUGAAAAUUCUAUGCUGGAUGUCUCAACGAGAUUCGGUGAUCGCUAA